CUCUCAAAACAAAUACGCAGAGUGCAUGCUAUACACAAAUACGUGUGCUUCGUAUCGUCUCUAUUGUUUAUGAGUCCCAUUUGCAAUUACUAUAGCAGAUUUCCUAGUGGAAUCCUAGUGGAUUCGCUUUAGUAUUGCGAUAAAAGAUAUUUAACGCUACCAUCCCACCCGAAGCGGGCUGCUAGAUAUAAUGGAAGUAGAUCGCGUUGUAUCCGAUUCGGAAAACGUGGCGGUGGACGAGAAUGAAAAGCAAGUUGUGGAGGGAGCCGGGGACGCUGUUGCCUCCCAUACGGAGAAAUUGCGUCGCAAACACAAGAAAUACGUACGCAGCAAUAGCAAGGAAGGGCCCAGCCCUGUUGCAACUCCGCUCCCGAAAUAUCGCAGUUGGAAAAAUAGCCGUCGACCGCGCAACGGUCAUGGCAGAGGGCUGCCCAAGAAAGGCGGUGCCGGAGGGAAGGGAGUCUGGGGUGCACCAGGGUCGGAACUCCUCGAGGAGUACGUGGAAGAUGCGAACGACCCCAACUACGACUCCGAGGCUGUUACUAAUGGCGACGUCGAGUUCAAACAGGUGAUCGUUGAAGCGGAUCCGGAAGAAAUUGUGCGUAAAUCAGAACCGGUUAUAUUGGAAUAUUUCGAGCACGGCGACACUAACGCGGCUGCUGAGGACUUCCUGGAAUUCGUUACGUCUACGCGGAGUCAUUUGAUAUGCGAGACUAUAAUAGAAAUAGCACUGGACCACAAACUGUCGCACUGCGAAAUGGCGUCCGUUUUAAUAUCCGAUCUCUAUGGAAGACUCUUCUCCGCCAAAGACAUCGGAUACGCGUUUGAACGCCUCCUCGACAAGUUGCCGGACCUGGUGCUCGACACGCCGGACGCGGCCGUCCUGCUGUCCAACUUCAUAGCGCGAUGCGUGGCCGACGACUGCUUGCCGCCGAAAUUCGUGCAGACUCGGGCGGGGUUAGACCUCAAUCCGCCGGCCAGACAAGCCAUUCACAGAGCGGAGACAUUGCUGUCUAUGAAGCAAGGCCUCGUGCGAUUGGACAAUAUUUGGGGAGUUGGCGGCGGCAUCAGGCCGGUGAAGUCCCUAAUAAGGCAAAUACAGCUGCUGCUGAAAGAGUACCUGACGUCGGGCGACCUCGCCGAGGCGAUGCGCUGCGUGCGCGAGCUGGAGGUGCCGCACUUCCACCACGAGCUGGUCUACGAGACCGUGUUGUUAGCAGUGGAGACAAUAAAUUCGAGUGUUGAAGAGCAACUCUGUACGUUCCUCGCCGAGCUGCGUAGAUGCGUCAUUGUAACACCGGAUCAAAUGGACAGGGGCUUCCUCCGCGUGCUGGAAGACAUGUCUGACAUCGUGCUGGACGUGCCGCUGGCGUACAUCAUGCUGGACCGUUUCGUGGAGCGCUGCACGGCGCGCUUCCGGCUCGCCGACAGCGUGCUGGCGCGCAUGCCCACCAGAGGUCGCAAACGUUUCGUGUCGGAGGGCGAUGGUGGUGCCAUCAAGGACCACGCUCUCAAGCUGCGCGAGUAGACCGACGCGUACCGUACACACACACAGACAUACAAACAUAUAAGAUGUACUUCAUAGAGCCUUUAAUAAAUAUAUAACAGAUCUCAGAACAUAGAAAUGGCAUUAAGAUUAAUGUAACGAAACACGCUGAUUAUAUUUUAUUGUUAAAAAACCGUUUAUAAUUUAUUAAAUUGUGUUAAAUCGUUGAGAACUUUUCCCUUAAAGUAUUCUAAAUUCAAAUAAAGCUUUUGAAAAAAAUGUUAUAUAGGGUAAAGGUACUAAUGUAUGGCAUUUAAUUUUAGUUUUUUUAAUAAUAAUGUUUUUAUUGCAUUUUUAAUUCCUAUAUAUUCCUCCAAUUUAGCGUAAAAUUUGUAAGAUUUAAAUAUAACCUGUGACUCACAUCCCUAUCAGUUCGAACUGUGGAGUAAUUGAAGCUAAUACUUUUUUUUUAAUCAGUCUUGUAUCAGCAGACCUGGCUAAGGUACAAACUAUAGGGUUUAUGAUGCAACUAAUUUAAGGCAUAGUCUAGACCAUUAAUGGUAAAACCAGUCAUACUUGAAUAUUCGAUGGGUAAAUAAACAGUCAUCGUCAACUAUCGAUGGUCAACAACGCUAGAAGACAAGCUUAUUAAAAAAAAUAAAGAAACUUUGCUUACGGGGACUAUAGACGCAUGAUACACUCAACACAUAUUCGAGCUUGGUAUGUGCGGCACUGCUGAUCCUGGAGGAAUAAUACGCCAAAUAUUUUUAGUAAUUUAAUUAAAAAAUGUACAUUCACAUCUGGCACCUAACUAAAUUAAAAAAAAAAGUGGUAAAAUUUAUUUUUCAUGACGCCAACAUUUGUACCUUUAAUGCUGCACAUAGAUACGAUUUUUAAAAAUUGAAAUUAUAGAGUACAUAAAACGGUACGUUUAGAAUGUAUAAAUAGCAUUAUUUCGUUAAACCGAUACUAUAUAGUCUGUGAUGUGCGAUGGCGCGAAAUAUGCAAACUUCUCAAAUGUGACAUUAUGCAGGAUUUUUUUAAAUAUGGAACUUCGUGACAUGUCUUAAGAGCUUUAACCUACAGUCGUUCUUGUAUUUAUUUAAUGACUUUUUAUAAGUGCAUACUUAUUUGAUAGAAGAUAGUCAGUUCUUCAAUGGGUUUGAUAAUUCAACCCAGUUUUUUAACUAGAGAAUGCACUCUUUUUACAAAAAUAAUUCAUGUUUACUUCUAAAAAAAAAAUGAAUAUGAAAAAAAUUCCCGCGCAAUUCGUUCCAUAUUUAAAAUCAUACUAGCGAGAAUGAUAUUUGAAACGUUCAGCAAAACGGCAGUGGCUUUUAAAAUAGUUUAUAUUUAAGUUGUGUAUCCUUUAAUUGUUCGAACGACUUAUAGUCGAUUAGUUAAGAUGUUUAAAAGUCUAUUUAGCGAGACGGUGUCGUAAACUUAUGACUUAUGUAUAUUAGGUUUUUUUUUAAUUUCAAAUUCGUAUAUGUUGUAAAAGAUACAAAAAUAUAGUGCCAUUAAUAAUAAUACAUUUUAAAAUAUCAUCAAAAAAUGCAUAUAGAAGUAAAUUUACAAAACCGUGCUCGCUGACUUGUAAGUUUUUUUUUUUUGUUUAAACAAUGGGCUUUUUUUAAUUGUGUAUUUGCUUCUAUGUCAAAAGCUUACGCCAUGAGAUGAUAUGAAAUUUGUAUAAAAAAAAUUAGAACUCAAGUAACAGAAACUUGACCCCCUUCCGUAAUAUAUAUUUUUUACAGAAAUUGUAUGUUACAAUUAUUUACUCCUGUUGUAUAUAUAUAUGUUUCGAAGGCUGAUAAUUAUUUUUUAAGUUGAAAAGACCUUAUGGAUAUAGAGUUGUUUAUACAAUUUACAUUUCAGAGCUUUUGGUAACAAGUUUUGACAUAGAAGCAGAAUUAAUUUGAAUAUGGGAAAUACCCGGUUUAAUCGCGCUUGGUGCCCGUGAAAAGGACUGAUUGGAAUCCUAUAUUCGUUUCCGAUAAAUAUGUUUGUGAGAGUGAUCGAACUGUUGACAAAAAUGUUUUUCGACUUGAUCUGGAGUAAAAGUUUAUAAAAAAAAAAAUUAAAGCUUAAGCCGCGGCGAGACUUGAGAUUAAAUCUCACAAGUGUGGAUCUAGCUUUGGGAUUUUUUGUUACAUUGUAUCAGUGUUUCAAUUAAUCGAUAGCGGCUUAUGUUUGCUCUAUUUUUAAAUUUUGGGACAAUUUUAUUAAUAAAAUAUUGUAGUUUUUCGUCCUACGAAAAAUAGUCUUAGCACUUAGCUCAAGGCGAUGUGAUUAAUAAUGUAUGUUACCUAAAGUUAUUCCAAACGAUUAUCAAAUAUGAAAUAACACAUUUUAAAGUGAAUCACGAAUGUAACACUUUAUCUAAGCAAGAACAUAAGCAAAAGUCUUAGAACUGUUGUAUUGGGCGUAUGCGUUAACUCUUUCGCGUACGUUAUCAAGUUUUAUUCAAAAUAAAAAAGAAAAACAGUUGAAAAAUGCUCGCUUUUGUGUUAUAGAUCAUUUCGAUUAUGGAGCAUCAGAUCUAGGUAUUAAGAUUUAGCCAGAAAAUUUGUUUGGCUUCAGUGGUAGUAACGAAUUUACAAGUAUUUUUGAAACGAAAUCUUACCACCUUUUAAGAAAGACUUUAAUGGAAACAAGCAAUAAUAAAAUUAUAAGAUUUUGCCUUUUAAAAUAUAGCAGAUAACGAAACAGUUUUUAAGCCAAUACGAAACAGUUCAUACCUUCAGUGUUGUCAUACAAAAAAAUACAGAAAUUGGAUAACGUACCUUUAGAUUGACGACCUGGUUCUGUACACAAUAUAUAAAGCUCGGUUUACAGAACAUAAGGCAAAUGGAGUGCAUGGAACAUUAUUGUGAAUAAAAAACGAACGCAAAUUCCCAGAAGCGGGAAACGACGUGUAUUUUUGUUGACACGUCAUAAGUGCUGUCACAAUAAUUAUUGCCGUAUGACGUACAAAUCGUUAGUUACUGCACAAACUACCGGGAAUUUGUAUCCGCUGUUGCUUUACUAUAAUGUUUCGAUAGAUUCCAUGAUUUAUCUGAGAUCUAAACCAAGUAAAUGUGACAUCGUUAUCUUAUGUAUGGUAUCGUCGCCGUCUGUUUCAGUGUUGCUAUUAAAUAUUAAAACACAGAUUAAAGAUAAACGGUAUAUUUGUUAUAUUUUUCUAAUGCAAUAAAUAACAUACUAUAAAGAGGCAUAGUUGUUUAACGAAAUGUCUGAAUUAUAUUGUCUACAGAGUAAAAAAAAAAACCGAUUCCUAAUAUACAACAAAACUGACAGAUGACAGACCGACUGACGUUUCAAAAUGGCGCCAAUAUUACAUACCAGUCCUUUGGGGCUGUUACGGUUAGAGUAUAGCAACUUGCUAUCAAAUAUUUGUUGCGGAUUGAUAUCAAAUCAAAUCAAAAAAAUAUAUUAUGGACCUAUACAGUAGAAUAAUACUCCAUAAAACUAAUUUAUCGAAUGAUUUAUCAAAUGUUUGAUACCAACAGUUGCUAUGUUCGACCGUAAUCGCCCGCCCCCACAGAUAAUACGGCACUGUAUAUUUAGAGAGUGUAUUAUACAGUCCUAUGUAAGCUUUCUCAGCGAUGGUCUGCUCGUGACCCAGAUUAACGGAGAAAAAUAUACGAAUACGAAUGAUGUGAGGAUAUUGUCAUUAUUGCAUUUUUCUUUUUUAUUGUAUAGAUUGUUUGAUUUGCCUGCGGUUUCGUCGAGUGUUGAGCUGCACGUGUAUAUAUUUCUUUGAAGAUAUUAAUAAAUAAAAUGUUCUACUUUA